CAUGGUAUCAUGAGUAGCAGUCCCAGUAGCAGCAGCAGGUUCCACCGCUGGAUCAGCAGCCGCCGCAGCAGCAGCAGCAGCCGUCGCAGCAGCAGCAGCAGCAGCAGCAGCAGCAGCAGCAGCAGCAGCAGCAGCGGCAGCAACAACAGCAGUAUCAGCAACCACAGCAAGUACAGCAACAACAACAACAACAACAACAGCAACAGCAACAGCAACAACAGCAACAGCCAGGCGUUUCUACCAUUCCAGCAAAGAUCCUGGACCAACACUUGAGGAUUUGCCAAGUGUUCGGGUUUAUAGUUUUAUACUUAGUCUACUACAACAUCAGACGAUUUAUUUCAAUUUCUACAUAUGCUUAGGGUUCGUAUGAUAAGACCCAUGGGUCGUCUAUCCGGGAGCUGACAAAAUGACUUCAACGGAAACAUCAUCCCGAGGACCAAGCAGAAAUACUGGAAGGGUUGCAAGUUUGCAACUCCAACUAAAUAUUGAAGCGAAAU